GAGCGGCCACACUGCGCUCGCAAAAUAACGUAUUUCUCCAAGUGUUGCUGCAGCCCCAAAACCCCUCUUGCGUCCAAACCGAGACCCAAAUCCAAGGGCCGAACGGAAACGAUCCAGGAACGCCCCAGUUCGCCAGUGCAGCAGGCCCAGGCCGGGAAUCCCACGCUCCACCAACAAUAAACACAAGGCGGUGGGCAGAGCGAGAAAGAGCGAGCCCAGUUUGUUUUUGUUGCUGUGGUGUGAGUGAGUCAUGACGUUUUGGACGGCGUAGAAAAGCCAGUUACAGUCAACCGUCGAGCAUUGCAUAAAGCGGGAGCUGUCGCCCUGCAUUCCAGAACCAGGAUCCGCCAAUCGCCCCAGUCCCUCGCCGUUUGCCAGGACCUGCAACAGCUGCGCCCAUUCCGCACACUCACACACACCCACACAUACGCACCCACGUACACACACUUCUUGAGGAGCAGUGGCACCGAGUGUCACACCAUACACACACGGCGCGAGCGCACGCACACCAUUGCAGCAGGCAGUCUGUCGUCACAGUUGGCUACAUUUCGACUCGUAAAGUCGGAAUCCGAUUCGGACUCGCAUCGAGCUAGCUGAGCAGCAACUUUCGCCGCACUCGAAGUCAAGCCCAAGCCCAAGCCCAAGUCCAUACCGAAACCCCAGCCCAACCGCCCAUUAUCGUCAUGGUGGAUCGCCUGGUCAACUCGGAGGCCAACACCCGGCGCAUCACCUCCGUGGAGAGCUGCUUCGGGAGCUCGGGCGUGCCGCUGGCUAUGCAGGGCCGCGUCCUGGUGGGCGAGGGCGUGCUGACCAAGAUGUGUCGCAAGCGGCCCAAGUCGCGCCAGUUUUUCCUGUUCAACGACAUCCUGGUGUACGGGAACAUAGUGAUUGGCAAAAAGAAGUACAACAAGCAGCAUAUCAUGCCGCUGGAGGAGGUGUCGCUGGAAUCGAUCGCCGACAACCAAACGUACAGAAACGGCUGGUACAUUCGCACCACCACCAAGUCCUUUGUGGUGUUCGCGGCCACCAGCACCGAGAAGCAGGAGUGGAUGGCCCACAUCAACAAGUGCGUGGAAGACCUGCUGCGCAAGAGCGGCAAGAAGCCGGUGGAAAACCAUGCCGCCGUCUGGGUGCCGGACACCGACGCCAGCGUCUGCAUGCACUGCAAGAAGACGCAGUUUACCUUCAUCCAGCGCCGGCAUCACUGCCGCAACUGCGGCGCUGUCGUCUGCGCCGGCUGCUCGGCCAAGAAGUUCCUGCUUCCGCAGCAGAGCACCAAGGCGUUGCGCGUCUGCGACGCCUGCUACGAGCGCUUGAAGCAUGUGCCCAGUUCCCUUGGCUCUGGCGAGGACUCGGCAGCGGCUACCGGUGCUGCCUCCGGCAACAAGCUCAACACAACGGCCGGCGACAGCUCCAACGACGAGGACUCCGACGAGGAGACUGCCUCCCCUGGUGGCGAGUCGCACGAUGAGCCGCGCUUCUACGGCGACAACAGCGUGCUAUCCGCCGUGGAAGACUCCUCGACGAUAACCUCGCCCUCCUCCGUCACCACCGGUAGUUCGGAGGCUCCGCAGGUGACACCGAGCGUCCAAAGCUCCCCGGCUGCCCUUGCGACGACGGGCAGCCACUGUUGAACGGACCACAUAGCGAAUGAUUACGCAAGACGAACAACGGAAGCGAUGCGAGCAGGAGGAGAUCAAGGAGCUGCGCAAGAUGACGGCAUUCAAGGCUCGUCCAAAUCCAUUUAAAUAGUGCUCGACGGAACCAAUCGACUACCAACGUUUGAUAGCCCUGUCCAAAUUUGAAUGAUGUGAAGUCGAUGCUACACAUAAUCGUGUUUAUACCGAUGCAUAGUUUUACCAGAUUAACACAAUUUUUGUCUCUUAACAUUAACAUUACUUUUACGCAUAUAUCGUCGUUCCCGUUUUUGGCGGAUAAGAACCUCUAAAAUCGUAUGUUUGGCGGGAGCAUAAAACUAUAUGGAUAUGUAUACAACAAGAGCAAUUUGCAAUUGCUGUCAUUAACUGUUUUCUAUUUGUACAAAGCCGAAAAAAACAAUAAAUUAAUACUGUAAAUUGAA